GCACUGGGCCUUGCAGUGCGUGACGUCAGCAGCCUCCGCCCUCCGCCGCUUUGCUGCAUCACCAGCUCCUGCACUGCUCACUGCACAGGCCCGAGCACCCCCUGACCGCUGCAUGCACUGCCCCUUCCCGGACAGCACCCAGGAGGAGACAUGGCCAAAUCCGAGCAGGUCCUUGUCCUGGAGCCUCAGCAUGAGCUCAAAUUCAAAGGUCCUUUUACAGAUGUCGUUACAACAAACUUGAAACUCGCGAACCCCACAGAGAAAAACGUUUGUUUCAAAGUAAAGACCACGGCGCCGCGCCGGUACUGUGUGCGACCUAACAGCGGGGUCAUCGAUGCCGGCUCCUCCAUCAAUGUAUCUGUUAUGCUCCAACCCUUCGACUAUGAUCCUAAUGAGAAAAGCAAACAUAAGUUUAUGGUCCAGUCCAUGUAUGCACCGCCAGACACCACCGACAUGGAAGCCGUUUGGAAAGAAGCUAAGCCGGAGGAAUUGAUGGACUCGAAGCUUCGGUGCCUGUUUGAGCUACCUUCUGAGAAUGACAAGCCUCAUGAAGGAGAAGUGAACAAGGUCCUCACUAGCAGUGUAACAAAGACAGAAUCCACCUCCAUGUUCAAAUCCGUAAGUUCCAGUCUGGAAGACUCCGAGCAAAAGAAGCUGUUAGAAGACAACAAGCGGCUGCAGGCGGAACUCCAGAGACUACGGGAGGACAACAAACAGCUUAGGGAGGAAGAUGGGUUGAGGAUGCGAAAACUUCAAGCCUCCAGUAACCCUGUGUCUUCAUCCACUAGCCUUGUAAAAGAAGAAGGCUUAAACCCCCGGAUACUCGCCCUGGCAGUCUUGCUUUUCAUUAUCGGUGUAAUCAUAGGGAAAGUGGCCUUGUAGACGUCGCAUGCUUUAACGGAAACGAGAAACAAAAAUUACAGAAUCAUACUGUCAAUGGUUUAGCCAUAUCAAAGAAAUUGAAAUUUAUUCAUAACGAGAGCGAGAAAAAAAAAAAAGUACAACAUUUCACAGGUCCUGCCUUUGUUCCCCCCCACCCCUCCCCCGCUCAGUUCUAACAUUUUUGCUUCUAGGAUCAGAUCAGUUGUACAGGAUGAUUCAUUAGCAAAGAUCAUUAUUGAUUAAAUAACAAGAAAAGUCACCUAAUUCUUUAACAUCGUACUGUAAAAAGUAAUUUUAAAGACAAAAAAACA